AUGGAAGGAUAUUACAUUCAUGUUGCAAACAAACUCCAUUCAACCAGAUUAGGCACCAGUGUCAAGGCUAAAACGUUUGAUGUCAAAGAAGUGAAAACUCCCUGUUUCUGGAGGGCAGUUUAUGCCGAGUUCCUGGGCACGCUGUUGCUGACGUUUGUUGGAUCUGCGUCUGUGCUCUUUGAUGGCAACAAAAUAACGAUUUCUAUGACCUUUGGCCUCGCCAUCAUGGCGUUGAUACAGAUGAUUGGUCACGUGUCAGGAGGCCACGUCAACCCCGCCAUCACCGUCAGCUUCGUUGUGGCCCAGAAUAUCUCCCUCAUCCGGGGACUGCUGUACAUCGUUGCUCAGUGCGGCGGAAGCAUCGUCGGCGCAUACAUUCUGAAGGCAGUCACACCUGAGCAAUUCCAAGGCUACCUGGGCGCUGCGUAUGUCAACACAGGCUUCGGGAUCACUCCGUUCCAGGGGGCAGUGGUGGAGUUUCUCCUGGCCUUCACCCUCAUCAUGACCAUCCACGCCACUAUUGACCCUAAUAAACCUAACAUGGGGAGUCACUCCCUGGCAAUAGGCCUCACUGUCGGCAUGCUGCACUUCUCGGGGAUCUCCUACACGGGAGCCAGCAUGAACCCCGCCUGGUCUCUGGGGCCAGCAGUCGCCGCCAACUUCUGGAAGGAUCACUGGGUGUACUGGGCAGGGCCCAUACUUGCAGGGGCUGUGGCACCUGUCCUCUACAAGUGGACCAUCAACCCCUACAGAGGUGUACCUACGAUGGACGAAGCUGUCAAAACACUGCUUCAAGAUGGGUCUUUCAUCGUUGUGCCACGAGAAUAUGCCACGCCCGAAAAGAAGGAGGAAGUGAAUAACUUCACUCAGCUGUGACGUCACUUCCUGUUAGUGACGGAUUGGCCAUAGGAAACAAGAAUAGCUUUAGAUAGCGAUGAAACCUAUCGCGUCAUGGCAUAGUGUAAUGGAUGUACGGUAUACCUUCUAACAAAACUAACAUUUUGUGCCAGUGUCGCCCCUGUGUUGAGAAAAUAUAUUUCGCAGUCGGUGUGUCUCUGUUUUCUCAGACGUCAUUCCAAGGGAAAGUUACCAGUCACCUAAGGCACCGCAAUUCGCUAUGCAGAGUUGCGUCCCGUGAUCAAGCAGUCACCUUUCACUGUCGGUUCGAAUCCCAGUUCGCUGGGAUUAAUGUUUCCAGGAUUUGUUAUUAACAUAUCGGUAUUCGCUGGUUUCAAAGAUCUCCAUCACGACGGGCAUCACUGAAGUUAACAUUUUGUUCGUAUGACGUAAUACUUUGAAUAGGUGACGUCAUAAACAGUGGAUGACAUCUCACGUAUUGUUCUCAACAAAGAAGGAAUCAAGAACUGG